AUGUCAUCUCCAUUCGCAACCCGCAGAAGCACGAAAGUCAGCAUCCCACACACAGGCCUCCCCGGUGUAAACUUGGUUGGCAUUCUAGAGCAGGUUGAACCGAACGCAGCGACUCGAGGUAGGAGGAUCGCGUUGAUUCUGCACGGUACCAUGGGGCAUAAAGACUACAUCUUCCAGAAGCGACUCGCCCUGCGCCUUCCCAUUGACUCCUUCCGCUUUGACUUUCGAGGCACCCACGAAUCCGGCGGGACUUGGAGACAAACCCCGAUUUUGAACGAUGUGGAAGAUAUCCGUGUCGUAGCUGCUUUCCUGUCUUCACGAUAUGGGUAUCACGUCGAUUUGGUUGUCGGACAUUCAAGAGGGGCGAACGUAGGUAUAUAUUGGUGUUGUAUGACCGAGGAGGGAAGGUCAGUGAGCGCAUUCGUGAACGUGAGUGGAAGAUAUCGGAUGGAGGUCCUCUCAUCGUUCGUACUUCCAGUUGACCUUGCCGCUUUUGCCCCCUCAAUCGCGCAACAUGACUACUACGACUGGCACACAACCAUAGCUCGCAAACCCUUCGUCGGCAGAAUCUACCCCGGAGAAAUCGAAGAAUGCAUGCGAUGGGAUUCGAGCAUCGUCUGGGAUAAAUUCCCCGGCCAUAUAGAUGUAUUGACCAUUCACGGCCUUGCUGAUAUCACUGUUCCUCCGUAUGACGCGACUAUAUACGCUCGGGCGUUCGGUGGUCGAGAGGGUUCGGGUACGCAUAACCUUGCGUUUGUAGAGAAUGCAGAUCACAAUUAUGUGGCACAUGGAUGCCGAGAUGAAGCAACAGAAAUCAUACUUCUAUGGUGGGACUUACACGAAAAGAAGCUGUUGACGACGGGUGUAAUGGGUAGUGAGGUCACCCGUCCACAAGCUAGGCCUCUAUCCGGUGGAAACGUUCCUGCCCACGAAACUGCUGGUCGGAGUAGGCUUUGA